AUGACCGCUACUCUGUCAGUUAUCGCACUUGUAGUACGUUUAAGAGAAUCCUCUCACACAGCAUUUGGGGACGCUAUCUAUCGUGAGAAAGUUUCCAAUGAAAAUCCUGUUUUUGGAUUCAAACAGUUUUCAAACGCGCUGCACGAUUAUAAUGAGGCGUUUAAAGAAGGGGACUUAGUCCAUUUUGGUGGAAAGUUCACUAUUGAUGACAAUAAAUUAAUGCUCUUAGUUGAAGCGGCAUGUGUGCUAGAAACUCAAUUAGGACGUAAUGGAGAACGUUUGAAAUGGGAACCUGAAAAAAUUCCAUCAACAAAGCCGUUCGUUCAUAUCACUACUUCUGCUUGUGAACCAUUGUCAACAUCAAAUAAUAUGAAUUUU